AUGGAGAUCACUUCUAUGUAUGUAUUUGAGUUUUCGGAGGAGUCUACUACCAAAGAAUUGUUCGAUUUGUUUGGGUGUAUCAGGAGUAUUGUCGAGGUAGCUAUUUUGCCUAGGAGAAAUAACUUUUGGAACAGGUCCGGGUUUGCUCGGUUCGUGGAGGUAAGCGAUGGGAGAUAUUUAGCGGUGCAUUUAGACAACACUAUCAUAGCAGGUAAGAAGAUUCAUGUCAAAUUCGCUAGAUUUAACAGGGGUCAGGUUAGGGGCGAUAGGAGGUUUGGAGGGACUGUUAUGGGAAAACAUGGCAGGAUUCAAGUUAGGGUUGCAGAUAUGGGUAAGGAUAAUACAAGGUCUGAUUCAAAAAGGAUGGAUAAAUCUUAUGCGGAGGUGGCGGUUAAUGCUCCUAUAGUGAGUGGGGUGAAGGGGGUUUUGAACUAUCGGCUUCGUUUUCAAUCAUCUGAAGAACGGAGAGGUAGGUUGGCUAAAGCAUACGUGGGCAACGUUUGUAUUCCGGGAUCGGCGUACAAUAUCCAAACACACUUUGAAAUGGAGGGUGUAUUUGGGGUUAAAGUGUCUCCUUUAGGAGGCAAUGUGUGUCUGCUAGAAGAGUCAGAGGAAGGCUUUAUCGAAGAUUUGAUUGGAGAAGGCAAGAGUUGGUGGAAGAGUUGGUUUUCAGAGAUUAAAAAAUGGGAAGAAGGUAUGAUGGAUGACUGUAGGGAUGCUUGGAUCAGAAUUUAUGGAAUUCAUGUACACGCGUGGUCUUCUGAAUUCUUUGUUGCUUUGGCUGAGUCUUGGGGGAGGUUUAUUUGCAUCGAUGAAAUUACUACGAAAGGCUACGUGUUCGAUGUUGCUAGAGUAUUGGAUAAUAUCCCUAUUGCGCUUACGUUACCUAAUGCCGUUACUGCUAAUAUAGAUGGUGUGAAUUUUAAUGUUUAA